CAUUUUUAAUGGCCGAACUCUGCGGUUGAGUGUUUGAAUAAAAGAUUGGAGAGCACUGUGGGCGAUUUAUUGCUUGAUGAGUGACGCUCCGUACAAGGAUAGAAACAGAUCAUUUUCAAAUCUAAAGAGAAAGUGCACUUAAAUCAUAUACGGUUACGUGACGACUUUAGAAAUUUUACUGCAAAGUGGAAUUAUCCUGACUGCUACAUAACUCUGUGGUUCGAGGUCCUCCACAGUCGGACCGUGAAUUACGACAGCGCGGCUAGCACUGAAGAAAACACCAAGGCGACAUGAUGUCGGAGAGCAGCGGAGCAGAUCUGGGAAAUGAGGGAAAGCAUGAAAAUAAUUCUUCUCCUGGAGCAACAGAUCAAGAAAAACAACUUGCUGCCGAUGCAUUCCUAGCUUUUACGUCUGGAAAUUACGACCUUUGUCUCCAACAUCUCAAGAACCUUCAGGAUCUCAAUAAAGAUGAAUAUAAAAUUGCAAUGAAUAAAGCCAUAGCAGAGUUUUUUAAAAGUGGCCAGACAACGACGGAAACACUGAAACAGGCACUCGCCGCACUGAAGAAUCAGGUUCAUGCUGCUGUAGAUGAAAUGGACGGACUUGACGACGUUGAAAACAGUCUGCUCUACUACAAUCAAGCCGUUAUUCAGUACCACAUGCGCCAGUAUUCGGAGGCAGUUGCAAUUGGAGAAAAGCUCUAUCAGUUUUUGGAGCCCUUUGAAGAGAAGUUUGCUCAGGCGGUUUCCUUCUUGCUUGUGGAUCUGUACCUACUAACAUAUCAACCAGAAACCGCUCUACAUCUCCUUGCUGUCCUGGAAAAGCUCACUGUACAGGGCAACAAUAAAAAUGGCAAGAAUGAGGCUGCCAACAACUCAAACAAGGAGGGUAUAAAUCAGAAAGCAGAUUACAUUGCAAUGAUGGAGGCAGCUAAAUCAAAAAUUCAUCAGUAUAAAGUGAGAGCUUAUAUACAGAUGAAGUCUUUGAAGGCCUGCAAGAGGGAAAUCAAGUCAGUUAUGAACACAGCUGGAAAUUCUGCACCUUCACUCUUCCUAAAAAGUAAUUUUGAAUACCUAAGGGGCAACUAUCGAAAGGCAGUGAAGCUUCUAAAUAGCUCCAACAUUGCGGAACACCCAGGCGUCAUGAAAACUGGUGAAUGUGUGAGAUGCAUGUUUUGGAACAAUCUUGGUUGCAUUCAUUUUGCUAUGGCAAAGCACAACCUAGGAAUCUUUUAUUUCAAAAAGGCACUUCAGGAAAAUGACCAUACCUCAGCAAAGCUAGCGGCAACUAGUAACGGGCAGGCCAAGAAGUUUCAAGGCAUACCUAUGUGCACCCUUUUAGCCAAUAAGAGAUACGAACUGCUGUACAAUUGUGGAAUUCAGCUGUUACACAUAGGAAGGCCCUUGGCUGCCUUUGAAUGUCUGAUUGAGGCAGUGCAGGUGUACCAUUCAAAUCCACGGCUCUGGCUAAGGUUAGCAGAAUGCUGUAUAGCUGCAAACAAAGGGAGUACAGAACAAGAAAAUAAGGGACUUCCAAGCAAAAAGGGAAUAGUGCAAUCAAUCGUUGGUCAAGGAUACCAUCGCAAGAUUGUAUUAGCAUCACAGUCAACGCAAAACACCAUAUACAAUGAAGGUCAGUCUGCUGCCAUUCCUGUUGCCAGCAUGGAGUUUGCCGCAAUUUGUUUGCGGAAUGCACUAUUACUUCUGCCUGAAGAUCAACAGGAAACAAAAUCGGAAAAUGGUUCCAAAAAUUCCAGCCAGUCUGGUAGCAUAGAGAGCAGCAGUGAAAGCGGUGAAAUGUGCAGUUCAAAAGGACAAGAAGGUGAUAAAUUCAUUCCCGCACCACCAUCAGCUCCAAUUAGAAAACCAGAACUCGAAAAUUUAAGGUGUUCCAUUCUGGCCUGUAGUGCUUAUGUAGCCCUGGCGCUGGGGGACAACCUGAUGGCCUUGAACCAUGCGGAGAAACUGCUGCAGCAGUCGAAGUUGUCAGGAUCGCUCAAAUUUCUGGGCCACUUGUAUGCUGCCGAGGCUCUCAUCUCUUUGGACAGAAUCUCCGACGCCAUUACUCACUUGAACCCAGAAAACGUCACCGAUGUCUCCCUCGGGAUCCCUUCAAACGAGCAGGAUCAAGGGUCGGACAAAGGAGAAAACGAGCCCAUGGAGACCUCAGGAAAGCAGACCCCACAGUGCUACCCCAGCUCCGUCACCUCCGCUCGGGCAAUGAUGCUCUUUAACCUUGGCAGUGCCUACUGCUUGAGAAGCGAAUAUGAAAAAGCCAGGAAGUGCCUUCAUCAGGCUGCUUCAAUGAUCCACGCAAAGGAGAUCCCACCAGAGGCGAUUCUACUAGCCGUCUACCUGGAGCUACAAAAUGGAAACACACAGCUAGCCUUGCAGAUUAUUAAAAGGAAUCAGCUGCUCCCCUCCAUCAAGACGCCAUCACCUGACGUGCGGAAGAAGCCCGCGGCACUCCAGCCAAUGCAGCCAAUCCAAGUGCCGGCGUUCACCACCGUCCAGCGCAAAUGAGACGAAAAAAAAAAACAAAUCAAAACCGAAAGUCCACCUGACGGAGAGAGACCCCCGCAGCAGAAUUCAGGCCGCUUCCUUUCGCUGUUUUGUUCGUUUGUUUCUCGUCCCGAUGUUCAGCGAGGACUCCUGUGGCGUCGUCGUGCCCGAUGUGUGACACAUACGAGUUCCAGCACCGCCGCUCUUGUCCAUCCAUUGGUGCCGAACUGAAACUUAGACAUUCCAGCAAGAAUGAGAAAUGCGUUCCUGGCCAGCGGCGACUGUGAAUUCUUACAUUAUAACCCGUGCAGGCCGUCGGCGUAUUAAUGAAUGAAUUCUCAUCCUUUAUCUCCCAUCAAGUUCCUGAACGUGUCGGGUGGGCCGCUUCAUCUUGACGGCUAAAAACGCUGGCUGAAAUAAUCUGCUGAGGAGUGCAAACCCUUCAUCACCAGACAGCGAUUCGAAAUUGAAACAACGGCCAGUGCUACCCGUGGAUUUCUCCGAUGUGAUUAUGAUUGUAAAUCUUUGGUACUGUGCAAAUAAAACAAAUUUAAAUGCAAACAUUUUAUGAAGAUCUGCAGGUUUGACACUUUGCGGCGUUGACAGCAAAGAAACUAAAAAGUGAUGGCGUUGUGAUUGGGACAAAAGCAAAGUAAGUAUGGAAAAUAACGCUAAAUUGGAGACGCUGUCAUUAAAACACAACAUGUCUCUCUUAUUAUAUAAAAAAAUCUUUCUCAGAAAGACACUUUCACGUCCCGCGAGACAAAGAGUAGAAGACAAAGUAGAAUGUCAUAAGAAUUCAAAAGCGUUGGCGCGGUUCACAUGCAGAGCAGGUUAGAGAUAAUGGAAGUGCGAAAAUGUGAACGUCUCCAAAAACUUAUAGUAAAGAUCGCAUGAGCAGAAACAAAUGGAAAUUAUUACUCGGCGGAACGAGAUGGAAUAUAUGGACAGGUGAUAUGUCAGGAGUAUGGAGAUAUUGUUCAGAUUUAAACUUUAAGUCGGAGACUUGUAGAUCGUCUAACUCGUGUUACCAUCUGGGAAAAGGCGUAUCCGCGAGAAUUAAAGGAUUUGUGCUUUGGUGAAAGUGAAGUCCACAUCCGCCGUCACGCUUGGGUCUCAGAGCUGCACAGACACACAGGAGACGUUACUCAGACACGUCAAACACACACAAGU